AUGGCAAAUAAUCGCGGCUCGUCGGUGGCGACGCCCUUGGCAGGAGUCGGAGCCUUGGCCGCCGCCUUUGCCCUGGACAGGAAGUUUCGCCUGAUAAACGAUGCGAGACUUGGCAUGAACCUGCUCCCCACGUUGAUUGCUCUUCGGAGGCGUCUUCGGUUGAGCAGUCAUUCCUUGGCAGACGUGUGGAUGGAGUCUGUCAGACGUUUCGGCAGUGAGACAUUCAUUGUGUUCGAGCAUCGUAGGAUGACUUUCCAGGAUGUGGACCGCGUGUCCAAUCAGAUGGCACAUCUGCUACGGCAGGAGGGCUUUCAACCCGGGCAGGCCCUGGCGCUCAUGAUGGAGAACAAGCCGGAAUACGUUUGUUGGUGGUUGGCCAUGGCGAAAAUUGGAGUCAAGGUUGCCCUUUUGAAUUACAACCUCACAGGUCGUGGCUUAGCUCAUUGUCUGUGUUCCGCCGUGCAGGACUGCCUCGGAGUCGUGUUCGACGGUGAGUGUGAGGCCAACCUUCACACUAUUGAUGCCGCCUUGCACGAGCACCGCAUGAAGCUCUUCUGCUGGGGAGGUCAACCUCGGCGAAGCUUUCAAGCUCCAGUCCUGGCAGUUGACUAUGACCAGCUCCUGGGAUUUCCCUACUCAGGAGACGGAUUUGCUGAGCUUAGACGAGGCAUCAAGUUCAACGACGUGUUUGGUUAUAUCUAUACCAGUGGCACGACGGGCCUGCCCAAGGCAGCAAAGAUCCUGCACUCCAAGAUGUACAGCCUCAGCGGCAUUUGUGGCAUCCUGGGCCUUGGCCCAGGUGACAGGCUCUACACGUGCUUACCUCUCUACCACAGUGCGGGUGGCGGGUUGGGCACGAUGUCGUGCCUCGUGUCAGGUGCGACGCUGGUCUUGGCACGGAAGUUUAGCGCAAGUCGCUUUUGGACAGAAAUUUCUGAGCAAGGCUGCACAGCCUUCCAGUACAUCGGAGAGCUUGGACGCUAUCUGGUUAACUACGCCAGGGAGCAUCCGGAGGUGACCCAGAUCCCACACAAGCUCAAAGGUGCCGUGGGGAACGGACUCAGGCCGGAAGUCUGGGACGAGUUUCAAGACAAGUUCAACAUUCCAGUCGUGACUGAGUUCUACGGCGCCACAGAAGGUAACGCCGCCCUGCUGAAUUACUGCAGGAAGACCGACCUGGCCUCGCGAGGAGCCAUCGGCAAAGGAGGCUUCUUCUUCGACAAGGCGCUCUUGGGCUUCACAGCGCGGCUGCGCGGAUGCGCCGUGCGCAUCGAAACAUCACCGGGCGAGGCAGGCGAGCUGAUUUGUCCCAUCGACGACAAUCAUCCCACGAGGAGGUUCGAAGGCUAUACGGAUUCCAAAGCCACCGAGAAGAAGGUACUGCGUGAUGUCUUCACCAAAGGUGAUGCCUGGUUUCGCACGGGCGACCUUCUCUCGAAGGAUUCCAGCGGACUGUGGUAUUUCGUGGACAGAAUUGGUGACACCUUCAGGUGGAAGGGCGAGAACGUGAGCACCAUGGAGGUGUCGCAGGUCCUGUCCAGCUUCCCCGGCGUCGAGGAAGCCAACGUCUACGGCGUGCAGGGAAGCUUCGUUGCUUUCCUUACGGAGGAAGAGUGCCAUGUGGUGGAUGUGCAAGCUGCGUUCGCAGCUGCAGCAUGGUCGCCCUGGGGUGUCAGAGGUCCCUUGUUGGCGAUCCUUGAUUCCGUCGGGAGGCUCUUUGUCACUGCUCCCUGUGACCAUGACAUGGGCAGCACCAAGGAGGUAACUGAUCUCAAAGACUCAGCAUUGGUUGACCUGAGCGAAGACUUUGAACGGGCAACAAAGAGGGAGUCCCGGGCCUCCAUUCUUGACUUGUGUUUCUGGCCUUCUCCAAUAUGUCUCGAAGGCAAGAAGCGCGUUGCUGCGCUGCUCUGUGCUUGCAGAGGCUCGUCCGUGGUGAUUUGGAAGCUGGGUCCUAAGUUCGAUGGCCCACAUCGGCUGAGAAGGGUCGUACUAGAGCCAUCAGUGGAGAUCACGGCUGUUGCCGCAUCUUCAAUCUGGCAAUCCUUGGAUGGAAGCUUGAUAAGUCUGUUGGCCAUGGCCACAAGCACAGGUCAGGUCCAUGUGCACCGGAUCUCUGUUGAUUCGGACGGCUGCGAGCUUGCAAGUACUCCUCUCUGCGAGACUCCCAUUUUUGACGUGGGCCUUGGUAGUAUUGGGCAACUCGCCGUUCUGACCGAUAUCUCCGAUGAAAUCGAGGUAUUCCUUGCAGUGGGGCGCGGAGUUCAUGUCUCUGCUGCAGUUCUACGUUGCAGCAAGCGGGGAAACUUGAAACAAGUGUCGGCCUACACAGCCAGCGUGCCGUGCCACGCAGUUCCAGUCGUUUCGGUCUUGUGCGCUGCAGGCGGAAUUCUUAGCCAGACCGACGCAAGACAGCGAAAUGCAAACAUACUCUCAAUGGACUCUUCGGGGCAGGGAGUUCUAUGGCAGCUUCCUUGCAACGGAAGUGGAACAGGAACUUUGGACCCUGGCAGGCUCUGCAGCCUCGUCCCUGGGAGCUGGCAGAAUUGGCUCACCACGGUAGAGCAGAACGCUUUACGACUGGACGCGCGCAUGGUGCGCGCCGCAGCACGUGAACGCGAAGCGCGUCGGGGUAGCUCCCUUUUCUGCGGGCUUGCCAUGUCACCUUCUCAUUGCUUGCUGGCGAUGCAGACCGUGAUUGUAUCCGAAAGGACAACCCAGCAACGCAUGGCAAGCUCCUUGCUGAUUACUCCCGUGGGGAGCCCGUUGCAUUCCUUCAACGCCAGUCUACGAAGUCUCCUCCAGGCUGUGCAUCAGAGCCAGGUCUCAUUCUUUUGUUGCAGUCUGUGGGAUGUCGCGGAGUCAUGGCAGAUACAGACGCAAAGGAAAUUCACUGGUUUUCCUUUUAAGUCCCCCAAGGAUCUGAGGAUGUCUCAGAAUGAGAAUUGCCUGGAACGGUGUAUCGAGUGGAUCUGGGGCUUGGCUGAGAUUUUCACGCGGGUGGCAGAGGCAGAAGCAGAUGCUGCUGAGAAGGCGACGUUGGGUUCUCUGGGUUUUCGGAGCGCCUCGAAGCAGGCGGUGCACGCGGCGCUCCGAGACUUUGUGCCCAAGAGCCUCGCCGAGCGGAGGCGCCUCCUCACGGCACAUCCUUUAGGAGGCGCCGAGUCGCUGCAGGCGCUGCAGGCGCUGUGCCUCCGGAACGCGGAUCGCUUGUUGCACCUCUGCAGAGACGUGGACCUGGUCUCUGUGAAGCGGCUGCAGAACGCCUGCCUGGAGUUCGUGCGCUUCGUCACCAGUGCACCGCGUGGCCGGAGCGAGAAAGACUCGAAAUUGGACGUCCCCGCAGCCGCUUCCUGGAAAGGCUGCUGGCUGCUGUCAGCCGUGACUCGAGAUUACUGGAAAUGCAGACUGGCCAAGGCUUGUCAGACACCUUUGGGUUCGGCCGAGCAGCUACUGGCGUAUCUCUCCAAUCCAGACCAGGUUCCGGGCGAGUCGGAUGGCCGUGCCUGCAUGGCUGCCCUGAACUGCCCAGAGGAGCUCCAGAGCAGGGAGAAGCUGGAUGCUGUGCAGGCCCUUUGCGAGAAGGAGCUUCCCGGCUACGCGCGGCCACUUUUCUUGCGCUUCUUGCCGUCAAUGGAAAUUACUGGCACCUUCAAGCACCAGAAGGUCCACUUGAGAAACGAGGGCAUCGACCUAACGAAGGUCCAAGACCCGAUCUACGUCUUGCACCCCGCCUCGAAGCGCUACGAGCGCCUGGACGCCGCCAUGCUCCAGGUAAUGAGGGGUGCUGCAAGGGAGGAGAGAAGAGGAGGGCCGAAGGCACACCAAGGGGCCAUCCUACGGCUGCUGGUAGGCAAGCAGAGAUUGUACGGCGCGUUGCUGGACGACCAACUGAGCCACGAUGCCGAAGCAGCAAGGCUGGCAACGUCCAAGCGUCGCCGGCGCGUAAAUGGUGCGCCGCUCCUGCUGGCACUGCUGCUGCCGUGGGCGGUUUUUGUGCUCUGCUUUGCGAUGGCCGGUUUCAUAUUCCACUACGCCAUGCCGCUGACUGCCACGCUCGCAGAACUCCUCGUGGUGGCAGUGUGUCUGCAGCGGGUGUUCUGGGGCUGGCGCUUGUGGAAGCGAGGUGCAGCGGAAGGGUUCUACCCUGCGUACAUGGCAGUUGCCACGCUUCUCGCGGCAGUGGUCGGUUGGUGCUUGCUCUCGGCUCAAAAGGGGCUGAGCCUCCCCACUCCCAGUCAUGGGGAAGAAGGGCAAGUGGCUCGGCUUUAUUUCAAGUUCAGCCGAGAAAGGAAGAAGAAGGCGGCAGCGCCAGAGCCGGUAGAGGAAAUCCCGGCCGACCUCAAGGAGCUGACGAUCCCGAACCUCCGGGAUCGAAUCGAUGCCUUCCAGUAUCGUCUCAGCAAGGCGGCAAAGGACAGAAAUUACAUGCAGCUGGAGAAAGACAUGGUGAACAGGUUCUACGAGAUCACCAAGUCAGAGGUCAAACAGGUGGAGGCCGAACUAUUAAACAUGGACCGAAAGAUGGAAAUCUUAGAACGUGAUUUCCGCGUCCACAUCAAAGUCCACGAGCAAAAGGUGCAGAACCUGGAGUAUGAACAAAAGGAGGCCAAGAGGCAGGUGGGUGAGAAUGGUGACAUGGACCUCCAAAAAGCGCGUGACCUGCACUCCGAGCAGCUCCUCAACAUGAACAAGGAGAAGCUGGAGCUGAAACGGGACAUCCGGGAAACCCAGCUGGAGAACGAGGACGAGGUGAAGAUGAUGCUGCAGGGCUUCGCGAAGAGACUUCAGAAUCUUCGCGACACCUUCGAGCAGAACCAUCUUUCCUUGCAGGCUCAGUACGAGGAGCAGGUGGAGCAGCUGAAGAUUGACCUCGAGCUCCGCCGCAAGGUGGAGAUCCACGAGAUCGAGGAGCGCAAGAAUCAGCAUAUCAACGAGCUUCUCUUCAAUCACCAGGAGGCUUUCGAUGAGAUCAAGGCCUACUACAAUGACAUCACCCAUGACAACCUGCAGCUGAUAAAGUCCUUGAAGGACGAGAUUUUCGAGAUGAAAGAAAAGGAGAAGACCAACAAGAAAAAGAUGGACUUGCUCCGGCAGGAGAACCGGGACCUGACGCGGCCCCUGGAGGAGAAGCUCAAGCAGCAGCGAGCGUUGGAGGAGGAGCUCAAGACCUACACCAAGGACAAAAUGGCCCUGAAGAAUUUGAAGGCGCACUUCAAGAAGCUCGAGGAGCAAAUCACGGAGGCCAAGCAGGAGUACAGGACUUGCGAGGACAAGUACCGGAAGAUGGAGAAGGAGCGAGAUGACUUGUACAAGCGCUUCAAGAAGGCAGUGCAAGAAAUCCAGCGCAAGGCAGAACUCGGGAAGAAUGUCGUCCUGGAGAAGAAGCUCGAAACACUCGCACAGCAGUUCGAUGAGAAGCAAGCGCAGCUCACCGAAGUCCUGACCAAUGCACGAUUGGAUCCAACCAUUGUUGCCAACGUCACGAAGAAGUUGGAGCAAGUCCUCGGUGCCAAGAACCGGCAGAUCAAGGACCUCCAAUACCAGGUUCACCAAUCCACCAAGCAAUACAACGACACCAUCCGCGUCUACGAGAGCAAGCUCCAGGGCCUGGGUGUCGAUCCCGAGGAAAUCGGCUUCGAGGCGAUUCAGACGGCGACAUCCCUGAUGCCAGCGCGCCUGGUGACUCGAGUGGGAUGA